CGUGACUUCAUCCAACACCUCUCGUAAUACAACCACCGAUUUUUUCCCCCCUUCAUUUAUGUUGCUCAACUCAGCGUGAAUUUACGAAUUGAAGUUCAUGUUUAUGUAGAAUACGCAACACAUAUUAGGAAAAGUCGGUGGUUGUUUUCGAUAAAGUUUUUUAUUUUAAGUAUACAUUUCAGCGCCACAGUUGUACAGGACAAAAACAGGUACAGCAUGCGGGGACUGUGAGGCAGGCCCCAUCCUGAGUCUGUACGAUGAAGAGCCCGGUGCACAGGUGUAGGGACGUGGAGAGGCAGGCUGCCUGCCUGCAGACUGAGCAGCCGUGUGUCCCCGUCUCCCAGCACAUCCCCAGCAGCAUGUGGUUUAUCAGGGACGCGUGUGGCAUCGUGUGUGGGGUCAUCACCUGGAUGCUGGUGUUCUAUGCUGAGUUUGUCGUGCUCUUCGUCAUGCUGUUGCCUUCUAAAAACUUGACCUAUAGCUUAGUCAACGGGACUGUGUUCAACACUCUGGCCUUCCUGGCUCUCGCCUCUCACUUCAGGGCCAUGUGCACCGACCCGGGAGCAGUGCCAACAGGGAACGCCACUAAAGAGUACAUCGAGAGUCUCCAGCUGAAGCCGGGACAGGUGGUCUACAAGUGUCCCAAGUGCUGCAGCAUCAAGCCGGACCGCGCACAUCACUGCAGUGUGUGUCAGCGCUGCAUACGGAAGAUGGACCACCACUGUCCCUGGGUUAACAACUGUGUGGGAGAGAACAACCAGAAGUACUUUGUGCUCUUCACAAUGUACAUUGCACUCAUCUCUCUCCACUCUCUGGUGAUGGUGGUCUUCCACUUCCUGUACUGCUUCGAAGAUGAUUGGACAAAGUGCAGUUCCUUCUCACCUCCUGCGACAGUCAUCCUCCUCAUCCUCCUGUGCUUUGAGGCCCUCCUCUUCCUCAUCUUCACCUCUGUGAUGUUCGGGACUCAGGUCCAUUCCAUCUGUACAGAUGAGACGGGCAUAGAACAGUUGAAAAAGGAGGAGAAAAGAUGGGGUAAAAAAACUAAGUGGAUGAACACGAAGGCGGUAUUUGGACACCCCUUCUCCAUAUUCUGGUUUCUCCCGUUGACCCAACCGGGGAAGGCCCACGGGAAAGCUGAAUCCUACCAGUAUGUGGUCUGAGCUUAGCCACCCGGGGGGGAAACAGACUCUGAGACAGAGGUGUGUUAACACCGCUCUGUUCCAACCACCCCAUCUCUCACCCUGACUCCCCAACACUCCUUGACAAUGCUGAACGUGAUUGUAAUCCCUCCUAACUCUGAACAACUUAAUCAUUAUUGCUUUCUAUAAUUGCCACGUUGUUUUUUAUGUUGCUUGGGAACAAAAGUCAAGUGGAGUUGCAGAGAAAAAGAUCAAUUGUAAAACAUUUCAACCGUGUCUGUUUUAACCCUCAUGUUGAUUUGUUCUGGUUUUCUGAAUCACUUUUCCCUCUGUGUCCCUCUCUCUUUCCCCCCCUCUGUGUCCCUCUCUCUCUGUGUCCCUCUCUCUCUCCCCCCCUCUGUGUCCCUCCCCCCCCCCCCUGUGUCCCUCUCUCUCUCCCCCCCCUCUGUGUGCCUCUCUCUCUGUGUCCCUCUCUCUCUCCCCCCCUCUGUGUCCCUCUCUCUCUGUGUCCCUCUCUCUCUCCCCCCUCUGUGUCCCUCUCUCUCUGUGUCCCUCUCUCUCUCCCCCCCUCUGUGUCCCUCUCCCCCCCCCCCUCUCUGUCUCUCUCCCCCCCUCUGUGUCCCUCUCUCUCCCCCCCCUGUGUCCCCCCUCUCUGUCCCUCUCCUCCCCCCUCUCUGUCCCUCUCCUCCCCCCCUCUCUGUCUCUCUCCUCCCCCCUCUGUCCCCUGUCUCUGUGUCCCUCUCCUCCCCCCUCUCUGUCUCUCUCCUCCCCCCUCUGUCCCCCCUCUCUGUCUCUUCUCCUCCCCCCUCUCUGUCUCUUCUCCUCCCCUCUCUCUCUCCUCUCUCCGAGUGACAGUUUGUUGGCGCUAUCAUGUCAAGUCAGAAGUUGAUAUAAUAGCACAAACCGAUCUGGCACUCGGGCUACCUUCCAUCCUCCUGUCAGUCAAAACUAAACCCCUCCCUCCCUCCUGUCAGUCAAAACUAAACCCCUCCCUCCCUCCUGUCAGUCAAAACUAAACCCCUCCCUCCUGUCAGUCAAAACUAAACCCCUCCCUCCCUCCUGUCAGUCAAAACUAAACCCCUCCCUCCUUGUGAUUCUUCUCUGAUAAACACCUCACCCAGCACAGGGGAACAUGGUCUUUUCACUAGGCCUGUACAGUUGACUGUUUUCAGAGGCUUUUAAAGCCAGGUGGAAGUAUAGUGUGUUGAGGGAUCAGUAGGUUAGUCCUUUUACUUUGUUAAACACUCAUAUUGUCUUGUGUUUUAAAGAAAGUUAAAGUUCCAGUCUACAUGCUGCUCAUUUCAAGUUGAUCCUUCUUUUAGGAAUAAAACAUGAAGGUGUUUCAGAAUAUUUGUGUAAAAGUUGGCGGUAAUUCAUUUGAUCUUGCUUUCUCAUUUCUAUGUGUGCCAAGUUCUGCAUAUAAAAGUCACUUUAUUUUUUAUUCUGUAGUUUCUCCAGAAUUUACGUUUUUAUGUUGGAAUUAAAACUUAAAUUUUUGGAGUUUUUCAGGAGAUGUGUAAACCAGAGGUCGUGAUUCACAAAACGAACUUAACAAGUUCAAAUAUAUUUUGUAACAUAAAACGGGAGUAUUACUAAAUACUAAAAUAUUAACCAACGAAACUGAUUAUACAGUAGUAGUUUGACUCCAAUAUCAACAUCAAAAUAUCAAGCUGGCUACACGUCAUAAAUCAUGACAAAUAUGCACUUUUUCUGAGAUCUAUCUAUCAGUGGAGUUUAUAAAUGUUACUUUUUCUCAUAUGAUCUUUUGUAUGCUUGAAAACCAACUGAAUUGGGCCAGUUUCCCAGACAGACAGAUUAAGUUUAGUCCUAGAAUUAAUAAUCUCUUUGAAUCUCUGGUGAUAAUGCUUUUGAGUGGUGGACUAGGUGUAAUCUGUGUCUGGGGGAAACCGGGCCGUUCUGUCAUUGGUCAACAUUGGGAUUGUUCUUCACCUGUAUCUUUGACCUUCUGUUGUGUUCUGUUUGAAUGGAUGGUUGUUGAGGAGGACUGUCACCUAACUGAGGCUGCAUCCUCAAAUGGCACCCUAUUCCCUAUAUAGUGCACUACUUUCUAUGGGCCCUGGUCAAAAGUAGUGCACUAUUUUCUAUGGGCCCUGGUCAAAAGUAGUGCACUACUUUUAUAUGGGCCCUGGUCAAAAGUAGUGCACUACUUUUCUAUGGGCCCUGGUCAAAAGUAGUGCGCUACUUUUCUAUGGGCCCUGGUCAAAAGUAGUGCGCUACUUUUCUAUGGGCCCUGGUCAAAAGUAGUGCGCUACUUUUCUAUGGGCCCUGGUCAAAAGUAGUGCGCUACUUUUCUAUGGGCCCUGGUCAAAAGUAGUGCGCUACUUUUCUAUGGGCCCUGGUCAAAAGUAGUGCGCUACUUUUCUAUGGGCCCUGGUCAAAAGUAGUGCGCUACUUUUCUAUGGGCCCUGGUCAAAAGUAGUGCGCUACUUUUAUAUGGGCCCUGGUCAAAAGUAGUGUGCUAUAGAGGGGAACAGAGUGCUGUUUGGGAAGUGACCUGACUGCUGCUGUGAGUGUCUUGCCUGUGAGCAAGCUGGACCUAACGGUUCUUUUCUUUUCAUUGACAUUUUUCAACACUUUUUGGCACAGAGAAAGAAUAAAUAUUUCCCAUUUGGUUAAUAA